AUGACUAUUCUAUGGCAAGAGGCAAGAUCUUAUGUAGGCAGUGGACGUCUUGAACUGCUAAAGCGUUCACCUGAAGGUACCGAGAAGUAUCGCAAGCAUAAGCAGACGUUGACUGGAGACAUUUCAAUAGAUGUUUGUGGUAAACUGGGAUGGGAUCCACAAGAAAUUAUUGAGCUAAAUACUGUAAAAUUCCCCAACCCUGCACAAAAGGUCGAUGCUGUGUUUAGCUCGAGCAAGUGGUUUAAAACUACGGUAAACGAUUUUCCCUACGAUUUUGAAUCCGGUGUUCAUCAUCUUCUAAUAUGGUCGAAGGUUUCGUUGCCUUUGUAUGGUGAAAACUCCGAGACAAUACAAAAUGAAGUCUACAAUAAAAUAUCAAACUUUCUGAAAUACAACUUAGAGAUACAUUAUCGUCUGGAUCCUCAAGACUAUCUGUUCUUCAUCAACUACAGCAAUUUGCAAAGUGUCAAGGCAAUCUCUCACAUUCAUCUGCUUUUGCAUUCAGAUGAAUCCAUAGCUAAUAAAAUUUUAUCAGAUCAGCUAAAACCAUAUAUAGAGUAUUAG